AUGGAUGAUCAACGGAGGUCGCCGGAGAAAGAAAAUGUACAUUUGCCGGUCACUACUUCUUUUGAUUCGGGUGACAGGGAAACACAAAUUAUGGAAGUCUCGCCUAUCGCCGAGACCCGAUGGCAGUACCUUCGUCGAUACUUUACCACAAGAGAGGGAUGGAUCGGAGACUACGAUUACGUCUAUCUUGUGACCCCCAAUAUCUGGCCCUUGAACAAAAAGUACAAGGAUUAUGAGGCACCGUUCUAUGGAUUGAACGAUGAAGUCCCCAUCCUACUCACGAUCAUCUUGGGUCUGCAGCAUGCAUUGACCAUGAUUGGAUCAGUAGUCUCGCCACCACUGGCGAUUGCAAGCGGUGCAUUUUACCUGUCGGCGGAAGAAAGCCAAUAUCUUGUCUCAGCGGCAUUUAUCACCACUGGAAUUGCAACAGCUCUGCAAGUGACUCGGGUGCAUCUGACAAAAACACCUUUCUUUAUCGGCACCGGACUUCUCUCGGUGGUCGGACCAACAUUUGAUAUCCUUGCAAUUGCAUUCAGUUAUACCGACAUGCGCUAUUCAAAUGGAACAUGCCCUACCUCUUCCGAUGGCUCCAAGCUUCCGUGUCCCGAUGCAUGGGGCGCCAUGCUUGGUACCAUGCUGUGCACUGUUUGGAUUCAAAUAGUGAUGUCCUUCGUUCCACCGAGGACACUUAACAGAAUAUUCCCAAAGGUCGUAACAGGCACACUUCUUCUGCUUGUCGGGGUGUACUUGAUCUCCAAUGGAAUGGAAAACUGGGGAGGUAGUUCUAACUGUAACGGUGGAACGGGCUAUUAUGCACUAUGUCCCGACACCGCAGCACCGAAGCCACUGCCCUGGGGAGACCCGAAGCUCAUUGGUCUCGGAUUCAGCGUGUUCGUAACAAUAGUCAUCGUCGAACUUUUCGGAUCGCCGCUCAUGCGCUCUGCAUCGGUUGUUCUCGGACUUGCAGUUGGGUGCAUAAUAUCUGGAGCAACUGGAUAUUGGUCGCGCGAUAAUAUCAAUGCAGCCCCGGUCGCAACGUUUCUCUGGGUACACACCUUCAAGUUGUCAGUGGAUGGAGCAUUGGUAUUACCGCUGCUCAUCAUGUUUAUCUGCGAGGCAGUCAGUUGCAUGCCAGAUAUUUUGGCCACAGCCGAGAUUUCAGGCGUGGAAAUUGAUGGUAUUGAGUUUAACAGCCGGAUUCAAGGCGGAAUUCUGUGCGAUGGCCUGGGUAGUCUGAUUAGUGCCUUGGGUACGGGGUUGCCGAUGGUUAGCCAGGCCGGAAACAACGGUGUGAUCUCUCUGACUGGAUGUGCUAGUCGAAGGGCAGGAUGGUGUGCUUCAGGAUUCUUGGUUCUCAUGGGAAUCUUUGGCAAGUUUGGUGCAGUCUUUGGCUCCAUGCCCCCAUCCGUGCUUGGAGGAAUGCAAGUGUUGCUGUACAGCACAAUUGUGGUCGCCGGUAUCAGAGUUCUCAGUCUGGUUGAAUUUACACGACGCAAUCGCUUCAUUCUGACCACUGCACUGGGCAUUGGGUUCAUUGACAUCGUGUCAACCAGCUGGUUUUCGAAGAUUUUGGAUUAUAGUGGCUCAAAUGUGCGUCUGCAGGGCUUUGAGGAAGGUAUCAACUUGAUGGUCGAGACACCUUUCAUUAUCGCCGCUGUUGUAGGAGUCAUAAUGAAUCUGGUUCUUCCAUAUGACGGAAACAAGAAAAUGGACGGGCGUGAGGGACGACCAGCACUCCCCACCUAG